GAGCCGGCAGGGCACGGUGGCCGGCUAUGGCAUGGUGGCGCGGGAGAGCGUGCGGCCGGGGGAGCUGCUGUUCGCAGUGCCGCGCUCGGCGCUUCUGUCCCCCGCCACCUGCUCCAUCGGCGGCCUGCUGGAGCGAGGUGGGUAAGGGGCAGAGGGCUGGCUCCGAGGCUGGCUGCCGAGUCGCGCCCGGGCCACUUCACCGGUGUCUUCCCUAGAGCGAGGCGCGCUGCAGAGCCUGUCGGGGUGGGUGCCGCUGCUGCUGGCGCUGCUCCACGAGCUGCAGGCCCCAGCCUCACCCUGGAGCCCCUACUUCGCGCUCUGGCCAGAGCUGGGGUGUUUGGAGCAUCCCAUGUUUUGGCCAGAGGAGGAGCGGCUGCGCCUCCUUAAGGGUACAGGUGUCCCGGAGGCCGUGGAGAAGGAUUUGGUGAACAUCCGCAGCGAAUACUAUUCCAUCGUCCUGCCCUUCAUGGAGGCUCACUCCGAUCUCUUCAGCCCCACUGUUCGCUCUCUGGAACUCUAUCGCCAGCUCGUGGCCAUUGUAAUGGCUUAUAGCUUUCAAGAACCACUGGAGGAAGAGGAUGAUGAAAAGGAGCCGAAUUCCCCCGUGAUGGUGCCUGCUGCAGACAUACUAAACCACACAGCCAACCACAAUGCCAAUCUGGAGUACUCUGCAGAUUAUCUCCGGAUGGUAGCUAUUCAGGCCAUUCCUAAAGGUCAUGAGAUUUUCAACACCUAUGGGCAGAUGGCUAAUUGGCAGCUGAUUCAUAUGUAUGGUUUUGCUGAGCCCUAUCCUGACAACACAGAUGACACAGCCGAUAUUCAGAUGGUGACUGUCCGAGAUGCUGCACUCCAGGGAACAAAGGAUGAAGCUGCAAGGCUGCUCUUGUGUGAACGCUGGGAUUUCCUGUGCAAACUGGAGAUGGUAGGGGAAGAGGGAGCCUUUGUGAUUGGUCGCGAGGAGGUGUUGACUGAAGAGGAGCUAGCCACCACACUUAAGGUACUGUGCAUGCCUGCUGAGGAGUUCAGAGAAUAUAAAAACCAGGGACAGGGAGAAGAAGAAAGGGAAGAGGACAGUCUGACACUCACAAAUAUCCCCAAGCUCCAAGUAUCAUGGAGACAGCUUCUUCGAGACAGUGUUCUGUUGACCCUAGAGACUUAUGCCACAGACUUACAAACCGAGCAAGAUUUACUUAGUAAUAAGGAGGUCUACGCCAAGCUCAGCUGGCGGGAACAGCAAGCCUUACAAGUCCGCUAUGGCCAGAAGAAGAUCUUACAUCGGUUGUUGGAACUCACAAGUUAACAGGUGCCCUGAAUAACCAGCAGUGUGAAUCUUUUAAGCUCGUGUUUUGCUUGGAAAGGAGGGAAAUUUGGGACUUUUGCUAUUAGGCAGUAUCAAAAGAAAAGUAGCCCAAGGUAAUCCAGGUUUUAAUCUAAGGCAAGAGUUGUUGACAUGUUAAGAUUGAGAUGAGCAGUUUGGGAAUCUGCCAACUGUUAAGAACAUUCUAUUUUUAAUCAUGUCUUCAGGUUUUCAGUAGAAUUUAAUAAAUACGGACCGAGUUAGAAGUCCGACCUUUUUGAAGUCCA